CAAUUACCACAUUCUGAUUAGCGAUCCAUCUUGAUGGACACGUCGGCGUUGCGCGAGUUCGCCUUCAAAAAGCUGCAAGAGGCCAGAGAGCGCGGCUCGGAGUUGGCGGCAGUGACAGCUGCGCGUGCGGCCUCAUCCAUCUCCAGCUCCGUGCCGGUAUCAUCCUCCUUCGUCUUCCGCGCUCAGAGCUCGGUGGAGCAGCAGCAGGAGCAACUGCCGGCGUCUCUGGAGAAUAAGCUUGAAACGCUCAAAAAGUCAAAUGACUCGUUGCGCUCGACGCUGACGGGCACCUCGAGCGGGUCGCUGAACGAGAGCAUAUAUAAAUUGGACCUUAUCAAUGAGUCGCUAGCUUUUUCGAUUGAGAAUAUUCAAGAAGGCUCCCAUGUGAUGAAGCUGCUGAAUCGCCAGCUGAAGGACAGUGCUACCAUGCAGAACCCCGCGCACAAGGCAUUCUACCAGCGUAACGAGCAAAGUGCGCAGUAGGAGCACGAAAUUAACGUUGAUUCUUAUUUGUGGUGUACUUGCCGUCUGUGAGGAUUCGUCUAGGGUGACGCAUUCUUGUUUAGCAGGAUAGCUUGGAGAUCUCGUCAGGUGUAGAGGGUUCAUCUGAUAGUGAAACCUUCUAACAUUUGGUUAAAUAGCAACUUUUGAAAAACUAGGUCGU